AUGUCUUAAAAUAGGAACAAGGCUUCGCGGAUUGUUUUGGUUAACAGCUGCGCGGAACUCACUUCUCCAGUAUAAAACAUUCUCGCCAUCAAUGCUGGUCAGUCUGAGAAAGUACAGUCACACUUAUCUGAGAAAAAGGAGACGUGAAAAAAGACACUGUUCCGCUACACAUUAUAACGAAUGUAAAGUUCUUCACCAACUUCUAGCUGAAAGUCGAUAUUAUUAUUAACUGAACCGUGAAGUAGUAAUUAUAAUACUGAACUACAGUAGCAAUAUUUUGACAGCUAACAACAGAUCUACGAAAAAUGUCUACUGUUGUUGAUGCACCAAUGCCACCCUGUGGACCCCUGGAGAUUGUGUUCUCCUUUGACACCACCGGCUCCAUGUACGGCUAUUUAGACCAAGUCCGUGGCCGACUACAGGACAUGAUCCAAAGACUACAGGCGGACAUACCCGCCAUCAGGAUAGCUGUGUUCGCUCAUGGCGAUUACUGCGAUCAUCAAACCUACGUCACAAAAUGGGAAGACUUCAGCAGUGACGUAGCAAAACUGUGUGCGUUUGUCUCCAAUGUGGAGCGUACCGGAGGCGGGGAUGCCCCAGAGUGUUACGAGCUGGUGUUGAGGCAGGCGAGGACGGAGCUCUCGUGGACUCCCGGCUCUCGUCGUGCUAUCGUCCUCAUCGGCGACGACGUCCCCCACGAGGCAGAUUAUCACCUCAACACAGACAACAUCGACUGGCGUGAGGAGAUCAGAGAGCUGGCGUCAUGGAACGUCACCGUGUACGGUGUACAGUGUGGGAAUAACCGUGACGCUUCGCCUUUCUACAAGACGAUCUCCGCUGCCACUGAUGGGAAACACCUACAGCUGGAGGACAUGGGAGGGAUUUUUGACGUCAUGAUGGCGGUGUGCUACAGAGAAGGGAACGACACGGCCAAGUUUGCCAACUACGAGACGGAGGCGAGGGAACGUGCUGGUGUCAUCGGCCCGGAUGUUGAUGCUAUUUUUAAAUCUUUGAGGGAUGAGGCUGAAGGAACAUCAACGGCAGGACCGUCAGUUCCGGCUCCUUCUGUCAAACUGGCAGGAGUACCGAAGCCAGUGACGUUGAAGAGAGCCGGGUCCAGUAUGGAGAAACUCACCAAGAAAAGCAGCAUCCAUGCUCCAAAAGCUCCUAAAGCAAUGCGUCUGGUGAAGCCAAAGACAUCCAAGAAAACAGGGGUAAACAAAGCAGAACCACCUACGGGACUGGACAAAUUUAAACUAAAGAAUCUUCCUCGUCUCAAGAGAGAGAAUGUUCCAGAAACCAACUUUUGUCUUCGCUCUAUGACCUGGACCCCCUGGGUCACCGCGUUUGUGCCGUAUGUCGCAGACACCAAAAUGGUCAAAGGCGAUUGGGUCAAACGUUUCGGGAGACCAGGAUACAGACUGACGUCACUCGCUCCGAGGUCUGGACAGGACAGUUCUGGUUUGAGACUCUUUGAAGUUGCUGUGGAGACGUCCAACAAAAGACGACACGUCAUGUUCUCUCGUUUCUCCUCUCGGUGUAUGUCCACUCAAAAAUGGCAACGUUACUUGCUCAGCUCGUGGUGCAGAAGCCAAGUGGACAAUGCACUGGGCCAGGGAUGUCGAGUGAUGGUGAGACACUGUCUCUUUGAGGGAAAAUCUCAAGCGUCCAGUGUGAAGAAAGACAUCAGGAGAUACGACUACGCUUGGAGUCAGGCCGGUGGUGGAGUGAGAGCUGUGGUCAGACGGGACACUACACUCUCACAGGUUUAGGGUAGAUCACAAGAACAGUUAUGUGCAAUACCAUAUUACGCUUUUAUAUACAUGAUCCAAUUAUUAUUUUUAAUAGUUAUACGGCACGUCACCUUAAAUGUCAGAUGUUAUAAGAACCCUUUAUGGGUCUAUUCAAGACAAUACAUUUAGAUCUACCUCUUUUGAUACAUACUAUAAAAUCAUGAUAUGUGAUGUGAGCGAGCGUUUGUGUGUGUGUCUGUGUGUGUUUGUGAGUAUGUUUGUGUGUGGUGUGUGUGUGUGUGUGUGUGUGUGUGUGUGUGUGUGUGUGUGUGUGUGUGUUGUAAAUACUGUUUAUUCACAACAGGAAUAUAAUAUAAUAAAUACCAGUAUGUUUUGGGUUUAUUUUCGUGCAAUAGGACUCACACUCACAGGGCACGGUACAUUUUAUAUGAACAUGCUUACCACAUGAACCAUAAUUGUUGUUGCCUUGGUUGUAGAAAGAAAUUGAACACCUUGUUUCACAUAAUCUAUCAUGUACCGUAUUAUACACGUACAUAUUAUGUUCUUUCAUGAUAUAAUGAAUCUCAAUAGCUACAGAAUAUAAUAUGAUAAUAAAAUGCUUAACUUGUUGAUUAGAAAA